AUGGAUCAAACUCACCCCGCCAUCCACCUUACUCUGAUUGAGAGAACACUCCGAACACUCCUCCUCGACGUUGCGCAGUACAUACAUGAGAAGGAUCAAAAGAACAAUGACUUCGAUCGGUCCAAGACCGUCUUGCGAUUCACCGGUGGCUGGGUUCGUGACAAGCUCCUCGGGGUUGACAGCCAUGACAUCGAUGUGGGGAUCAGCAACAUGACGGGAUACCAGUUUGGCAAGUUGUUGAAGGAGUACCUCGAUAAAUCAAAGAACCUCGAUAAGUACAAACAAGCUCUUCCCGAUGGACAACGCGACGCGAUUGUAAGCUUGCACAAAAUCGAGGCGAACCCGGAAAAGUCCAAGCAUUUGGAGACAGUGACCACAAAAAUUUUCGGCAUGGAUAUCGAUCUGGUCAACUUGCGCAAAGAAACGUACACAGAAGAUAGCCGAAACCCGCAGAUGGAAUUUGGAACAGCAGUGGAGGAUGCGCUGCGACGAGAUGCUACAAUCAAUGCAUUGUUCUACAACUUGAACGAGUCCCGACUGGAGGAUCUCACGGAGCGCGGUCUGGAGGAUAUAAAGAAGCGAAUUAUUCGCACACCAAUGGACCCAUACCAGACCUUCAAGGACGAUCCCCUUCGGGUGCUUCGCUUGAUUCGGUUCGCAAGCAGGCUUGGAUACCAAAUCGAGGCAGGAACGGAGACUGCAAUGCAAAAUGAGGAUAUCGGCAUCGCAUUGAAGCUCAAGAUCAGCAAAGAGCGUGUCUGGGCCGAGUUGGACAAGAUGCUGCGUGGCCCCGAUCCCUGCAGCGCUUUGCAAUUUAUCGAUCGCCUUGGCCUUUACCCUACCAUUUUCGCCAAUCAUCAAGACGAAGUCCUUGCCGACACCUCGACCUGGUCUAUUGGCUACAACGCGCUGGCGCGCUUCUUGCAUUCGACCGAGGGCGGGGAAGAGGUCCAACUCGUGACAGACCGUCUCCGCCAGAUUCUCUUACGCGACGUGACUAGCACGUAUUAUGCUUGGAUUAUCGCGACCUUUGCUCCCUGGUGCUCGGUACCGAAGCGAGAAGGACUCGACCGUAAAAAUAGAUCCUUCCCUGAACGUGCAGUCGAGGUUGCCAGAGAAAGCCUCCGCUCCGAUAACAAAACCCUUACCCUUCUUCGCGAUGGAGCCGCACACUACAAAGACAUCAUCAAGUGGAAGUCCGACCUGCUCGCAAACAAGAUCAAGGGUACGCCCGCAGAAAUCCGACAGAAGGUCGGACUGCAGAUUCGGACUUGGAGCAAGGAUUGGAAGCUGUGUGUAGUUCUGGCCAUGCUUCAAGAAGUCAUGCAAGGCCGCGACUUUGCUGCAGGUAAGACAACCGUGUUCACUCACAUUGAUUAUUACUGA